GCCGAAUACGGAAGUGAUGUCAUAAAAAAGUUUUUCUGCCGUGAAACACCGAGCUCCUCGCAAGCGACUUGUUUUGAACGCAAAAGAAGAUUAAUCAGGAUGAGUUCUUUUGCUCAUAAAAAGACAGAAGAUGGUCUCACCAAUAAGUACCAUAUUAACUUGAAAAGACAAAUUGAAAAGGGGGAUCAAUUUUUUGUAUGUCGAAACGAGGAACUUUGUAAAGAAGUACAGUCACUCCUUCGGAAUGCCAAUGGCCAGAAGAUACACAAUCUGUUUACAUUAGAUACACUGGCGGUGAUGGAAGAAUCUCUUCAAUCGUUUCCCUCAAAAACUGGUCAAAAGGGGCUUGAGAAACUUUUCAAGGCCUUUGAAGUGUUGGAGCUCGCCGCGUUAAAUCUUUACAUCUACCCGUGGAGAAGAGAGUACAGACUGGUGAAGAUGUUUUCAGGUAUGUUCACCCAUUUAAUCAAACCAACGCUGACCCUUCAGCAGACUAAAGAGCUUUUUGGUUUGCUCGGGUACGAGCCUUCGUGUAAUAACCAAAAAGAGGAGUUGGCACUGAACCUCAAACCAGUUCCUGCUGAUUUCUUACUCAGCCUGGCCUGUGGUUUCUUUGUGGCUCGGAUGGAGUGCCAGCUGCUGCUUUCUGCCUCGGGCUCUGUGAACAGAGACGUGGAGUGGGUUCUGCAGCUUAUUAAGGAGAGGCAGGUGGGCCACAGUCUUCAGCUAGCAUUAGAGAACACUAAGGUCAAGUCAGAAGCUGCUAGAGCAUCAGUUGACAUUGUGACAGGUGGAUCAGACAGUGAUGUGGAUCUGUACACUGCACAAGAUGCCUCUCACGGGACCUCCAGCUCUUGUUCACCACCUCACUCUCCUUAUAGCAAGUCUUUUCGCAAAGAUCCCUCACAAUUAGACUUUGGGAAUAAUGAUGACGCAAUGCGGAGAAGAUCACUUGGCAAUAAUAACCCAGGUCCAGUAGAAAACAUUGCUGAUGAUCAAUCUGAAAGUGAUGCAGGAAAAGUGAUGUGCAGAUGCAUCACUCCAGAUGAGCUGUACAUAUACCAGUGUGAGAUAUGCAGAGAGGUUCACAGUCCAAUGUGUGUCCAUUAUAAAAAGUGCAGAAAUAACAAGCACGCUUUAGCUCUGUGGUCGCACAAAGCUGAAGACUUUCAUUCAAGACAAGACCAGUCUAGGCUGGCCAAGGAAAAAUCGAAAGAUUUACUGAAGACGCAUCAUUGUGUGGCCAGUUCAACUUCGGAGACAUUUUUGGUCUGCUACGAUUGCCAGCUGAUUCACGACCACAGCUGCAGCGGUAUUAAAAACUGCAACAUGCUUACACACAAUAUUAAGCCUACAGGAAGAAUACAGCCCGCUCAAGGAGAAAGACUGAAUUCUCAAAGGAGACACGCAUGUCUUUUGUCUGGAGGGCCAGUGUAUGUAAUCUGCCACACCUGUAAAUACUCCCAUGAUUUCCUAUGUAAAGAUGGGCAGAACUGCAUUAAGGAAGAACAUCGCAUACAGCACACUCAAGAAGUCAGUACUUCAGAAUCACCUUGUCUGCCAAUACCACAUCACCACUGCUGCGAUGAUGGCCAGUUUUAUCCAAAUUUUGUAUGCUUUACUUGUCAAGUUUUUCACACCUCUAGGUGUGCUGAUGGAUGGCACUGUUCUGAAAAGCACAAGAUACAAGAACUCGCAACCAAAUGUGUAGAUUGCUCAAGCUUUAAACUCUUUAUGCUAUGCAGGUUCUGUGGUGCCCUGUAUUGCAAAGAAUGUUGGUUUAAAAGUCCCUUGUCAUGUAAAUGUGGAAAACCUUUUGACAUCUCCACCCCGGUUUAAAAGAACACUGACAAAUGUUAAGUUUGUACAGUCUGCUUCUGUUUCUGAUAAUUACGAGUCAGAAAUGUAUAGGUAUAGAACCUUAGCCAUCUGUUAAUGUUUUUUGGGGGGGUUUUGCAGUCCGAAAUAAUAAGGGAUAGAACUAUAGCUAUUAGUUAAUGGGUUCAUUUUUAAUCAGUAAUAUUUUUUCUGAUAAGAGAGCCAUAUAUUACAGGAAAGUUUAAAAAGUCACACUUGUGUAUAUACCAUACUGUACAACAGAGCUGUCUAUUAUUGAUGAGAUUUUGUGAGAUUUAUUGUAUUAAGCUUUUGGUUUAAUGUAUUUUGGAAGAUUAUGGUUUUGACUCUCAGCAACAUCUUUAACCAAUCUCCAUGUUGUUUAGACUCAUAUACUGCCAUGUUAUUAUCUAAUGUACUAUAACACUCACUUGUUAUUGUGAUAGAGGUAAUGUAAAAAUAAAGGGUCUGGGAAUUAA